UCCAAGAUGGCGUCCCCUAGUCUGGAAUACUUCAACAGUGUGUUCCAAUAUGUACCACAGGGACACGAAAAGGCUUUGAAGCAAGCCUUUUAUAACACAGCGGCCAAUAUAUUCAUCCUUUUCGCAUGUGCAGCCCUAAUCGCUGUCUAUUUCAUCCUAAAUCCGUUUCUUCGACCAUUAUGCUGGGCAGUUUUGUGCGGGACGUUUUUGUAUCCUUUCAAGAGGUCGUUAACAAAUGUUCUAAAGAAAUGGUUAAAUGGCCUGAGGACUUCCGAUACUCCGUUCGCAGUAGGACUAGUAAUUUUACCAGUGCAGGUCGUCAACAACAGCACCAACACACUGCUGAAUAUGAUACGGAACAAUUACUACGUUGUCGGGGGCUUUCUCCUGGGCAUGCCAGUCCUUCAAUUUAUGUAUUACUAUGGAGUGGCCCAGAUGAUAUUCUACUUCUGUCUGGGACUCCUCAACUUCUGCCAUGACAUCACGGCAUGGUUCAGCUCCAUGUGGCUGUGGACCAUCUUUAUUGGCUACAUUGUCGCAGUGAUCUUCUUCUGGACCGAGGAAUCAAGGAAGACGUUUCACUACAUCUCCAUCACGGUGUGGGUCACACUCAUCCUCCACAUCGCCACAGUAGCAGGCCCCCUUCGUCUCCUCCUAUUGGCUGCCCUUGUCGUUGUCAUGGUGAUUGGAUUUGUUUCUGAAGCCAGCAAGGAAUCUGCAGAAUCUGAAGCAACAGAGAAACCAGAGGAAAAGCAAGGUGGCACUCUGACCAAUGAGCCAUGGAAGUCCAUAUUUGAUAAAGAUUCUGCCGGCCAAGACGUGAAAGUUUCGCAGCCUCCAGCGUCUACUCAGAAACCACAAUCCCUGUCCCUAGCAAGCAAGCCGACAACAUCCACCCCGGCCAAAGUUGUGAAACAAGAGGACACCCCAACAGAAGAAGGACCCAAGUCGCUGAGCAACCAGUGCUUCGUGGCUCUGUUCUGGGCGCACGUGCUCGUCCGACUGUGGAUCCAUGUGUGGGGCAUGAUUCUGAUUCUCUUCCUGCCUCUGCUGCUGUUGAUCAUUAGAGGAUUAGCUGGCCAGUUCAGCAGUGGGGGAUUCCUCCAUGAGAGAAUGGAGAAUGUCAAGAAAAGUCUGAUUGACUGGUACGCCAAACGAGAGGACGCCAUCGCACCACGCUCCAUUAGUGGACUUGCUAAGAUUGCACUGAAGGGAGACAAGAAGGUGAUUGAUGCUCUUGAGGUGUCGACCGACAAGGCCACCAGUAUUCUGCUGAUUCUUAUUCUCCUGAUUGGAUCGAUGCUCUUCAUCAUCAUCGGGGCCAUUCAGAUCCACCAGGAGAGUAUCCACAUGGUUACAGUAACUAGCAACUUGUUCAACGAGAAGGUCAACCCAGAGAUCAGCCAGUGGCUGCCCAACAGCACCGACAUGGAGAAGGCGAUGGACUCCAUGGCUGAGAAUGCCUACAUCUAUGGCCGGGACUACAUCGCCUCGAUGGUUCACAGCCUGGUUGAUACAGAGGGUCAGAACAACACUGAGUUGGAAGUCCGCGUCCUUGAGGUGUGGGAUCAGCUGUACCAGAGUUGGUUUGCCAAGAACACCACCCAAGUGGCACGUCCGAGUUCCCCAGGGUUCCCUGACAUCACCAACAUGACCGCCAUGUGGGACAUGGUUUCCCAGGGCGACGGACUGUUCAACGUCGGCAGUCUCGUGUCUUUUGCACAGGAUAAUGUCGGCACUUUUAUGUCUGUGUUCGAAUCUAUCUGGCUGGUAAUCAAAGGCAACAUGGAUCUCAUGAUGAACAUCGUCACCGCCAUCUUGUCCAUGGUUCUUGGAGGAGGGACAGCCAUCUUGAAUUUCAUCAUCUCAGCAAUCUUGUUUCUGACGACCCUGUUUUACCUGCUGGCGUCAAGUGGUAACCAAUACAAGCCCCUAGAGUGGUUCUCCAGCAUGAGCCCCGCAGGCUCCCAGGCGGGGGGCAGCAAGAUGGGCGGGGCUGUAGAGGAGGCCAUUAGCGGAGUGUUCAUGGCGUCGCUGAAGAUGGCUUCCUUCUAUGGCCUGUUCACCUGGCUCACCCACUUGGUGUUCGGAGUCAACAUCGUCUUUAUACCGUCAGCUCUCGCUGCCAUCUUCGGAGCGAUCCCAUUUGUCGGCACGUACUGGGCUGCCUUCCCCGCAAUGCUGGAGCUGUGGCUGGGUCAAGGUCAGGGAUUGAUGGCGAUCCUGCUCUUCAUCGUCCACAUGCUGCCUGCCUAUGUGGUAGACACUGCCAUCUAUAGUGAAAUCAAGGGCGGCCACCCCUUCAUGACCGGCUUGGCCAUCGCCGGAGGAAUGUACUGUCUGGGUCUGGAGGGGGCUAUUAUCGGCCCCAUCGUGCUGUGCUUCCUGGUCGUCAUCGUGAACAUCUACGGCACCAUGAUGCAACCCGACCCCUCCACCCCACAGGGAGGACCACGAGUAGCAUUUCGCCACCCAAUGAGUCAAAGCAGGCAUGCUUCCCAGUGGAAUGUCAAACGGUCGGUCAGUUCGGACACAGUGAAGCUCUCCUGAGGUCAGGGGUCAAGGUCAUGUAGGAAAUUAACCAUCAUGGAGGGAAGAAUCUUCAUGACAAGCAACUGACUAGAUGUAUGUUGUGACAGUGUUGUGAUAUCAAUAUUACACCCUUAGAAAUCCUGUGGUGCACUGCAGACUGUUUGAAUGACUUUGGUUAUGACUUUUAUUACCUCAAGCACUUGAAGGAAUGCUUGUCAGGUGACAUUUAUGUCUGUUUACUAUUUGGGCAUAAUUGAUACUUUUUACACUGGUCUGAAUGGUGAUAAAUGUUAUAAAUGGGUUGUGUAUUGUUUCAGAUUUGCAUAGGAGAUUUAGGUUAUGUACAAGUGUUAAUAUUGUUCAAGUCUUCACAUGAUUGUAUAUUUAUUUGUGUUUUUUUAAUAUGAGUGUUUAAAGACAUUUUAGUAUUGAGAUUUGGAAUUUGAUGUUGAGAAAGGUUCAAUUAGUUAAAUAAUAUUUUAUGAGUUUUUAUGAGUAUCUGUGUUUCUGUACUGGAGCACCUGAAAUUCAGAAUCUUCCCGAGACAAUGGAGUUCCUGACUAUAAAAGUCCAAUUUCCACCCUUGCCGAACUUUCCAGGCUCAAUUGUAGCGCCACCAGUGGCUGUUACGAGUUAUGUCCCUUCUAUGUCCCUUCUAUUGACCAAUCAGAUUCUGUCUCUCA